UUACCCCUAAAAGCCGCUAUUUUUACGAAAAUAAUACCCCUUCGACACGCAGAAAAGGGAUUUCCAACCAUCAAAGCAAUUCAUCCCUAACUAUGGCGAUCGCUAGUUUGCAGAGAUUUUCCUCUCAAAUCUCUCGAGUCUCUUCAAUCUCUCUCUACUCCAAAGCAGUAGUGACCAGAUCAACUGCAACCUCUGCUCCAACCUCCAAUACGUCUUCGUCAAAGAAAGUCGCAGAUCGGAUCGUGAAGCUAUUCGCCAUCGAUCCCGAAGGUCAGAAACGCCAAAUCAUCGGGCUUUCAGGCCAUACCCUUCUCAAAGCUUUAGCCAACAAUGGACUGAUCGAUCCUGCGUCGCACAGACUUGAAGAUAUUGAGGCUUGCUCUGCCGAAUGCGAGGUGAACAUCGCCGAGGAAUGGCUGGACAGGCUCCCUUCCCGUACAUACGAUGAGGAGUACGUUCUGAAGCGGAAUUCGAGGGCUAGGGUUUUGAAUAAGCACUCGAGGUUGGGGUGCCAAGUGGUUCUGACUUCGGAGCUAGAAGGUAUGGUGGUCGCUGUUCCUGAGCCGAAACCCUGGGAUACCCCGUAAGAUUACUCGGGAUGAAAUUAGGGCUCUCUUUUUAUUUUUCCGCGUUGAAUCUGUUUUUGUUUUGGUCAAAUAAUUGAACACUUCUGAGGAUAAACUGGUUCUCUUGAAAUGUGAUUUGCUUUCUUGUUUUGUUUA